AAGUCGGUUUUUAAAUCUUGCUCCAAGUAGGCUUUGCAGCUAAAUUAACAGACUUGUUAAUAAAAAAUCGUUGUGCUAAAUUCCGUUUGAACUUGGUGCUUGGGCAGUGCGAAAAAGACAAAAUCAUGUUCCUGGACGACUAUGGAUAUCCCAAGGAGGUGACUCCCGAAACCCUGAGCACCUACACCUACGAUCUGCAUGGCACCAAGCUGCUGACGUCGGCGGACUCCGAGAUUUAUCUGCCGCCGCAGUGGCACGGCACGAUUUACAGCACUGAAAAGCUGCUGGACACCUACAGGCGGCGGUUCAACCCCGAUCCGGCUCUGCUGACCUUCCAUGCCAUGCAGCCCUAUGAGCCCGAGUUCAUCUGCGUCCAACGGGCCGUGGUGGAGCUGACACUCCUGCCGGCUGGCCAGAGCCUCUACAGCGACAAGGACAUCGUGGUGUUCCUGAUCAAGCAGCCCGCCCAGGAGCGGAACUCGCUGCUCACUAAGGAGCUGAGCACGCUGCUGGACUUCUUUCCGCACAACCACCACUACCACUCCAGAAUCCUGGACGAGGGCAUCGACGUGGUCUACGUGGACGACAAGGUCUACAACAAUGUCCCGCCCACCAGUCACCACUACCACCGCCUGUACAAUCUGCUCCGGAACAUCCAGCCCGGUGCCGUGCUGAGCCUCUCGGGCACUCCUCUGCCCGAUGUCCUGCGCAGUGCCUGCAGGAAGCCGGCCCAGAAGGGCAAGGAGUCGCACUGAGGCGCUGCCUCCUCCCGGGGAAUGGUGUGCCUCCAAAACAUUGUCAUAGUCCGGUUUAAUAAACUUUGUGACUGCAG